AUGAAUUCUACAAAUUCAAAGCUCGAUGAUCUACCACAAGAAUUGAAGGACCUUAUUCUCUGCGCGGCUCCUGACAUCGCCACCCUUAAAUGUCUCGCACAUUCAUCCCCAUUUUUCCAUGGUGCCUAUGCAAACCGACGUGAGGAUAUAUUUUUGACUGUCCUCUCAACUGAAAUUACGCCGGACAUCCUCCACGAAGCACGAUUUGUAGCGCGCGCCACGAGCAUAGAGCGUGGUUCGUCAUGGUUCAGUGACGUUAAGCAGCUCCUUGCAGACUAUGACAAAGGCAUCGAUGAAUUUUUUCCUCUCAAUAUUACCUCGACCGAAACUAUCUAUAUAUCGAGGUUCCUACCAGCUCUUCAUAAUGUAACCUUGGCAUUUUUCCAGAUGACUUUAUCACAUCAUCCGCUGACUGGAGAAAAAAUGCAUCCACCAUCACCAGACCGAUUCGAGAUACGCAGGAUCCAACGCAGCAUCCUGAGAAUUGAGAUAUUCAACAUACUAUUCUCUGAAAGAAAAUAUAGUCCUUCUUAUCGUCCCAAUUGGGAGUCCCCUUGUGAAGAACUCGGGAAUCUCUUUUUGUCUAGAUUUGAACUUUGGGAAGUUGAGGAAAUGGUAUGUACGAGAGAUUUCUUUUACAGGCAAUACGAUGUGGUAUUUAGAGGUUGUUCAGUUGAACUCCGCAACUGGUUCGCCUUGAACGAAUACUGCGAGGAAGACCCAGGGGAUAGCAUAGAGAACGCUGUGGCAAGAACAAAGGAGAAAGACUUCAUUGAUUAUCGAGAGAUGUCCGAGCGAUUGUUGAGCCUUGGCUUUGAAUUUCUGUGGGAAGUCCUCAACGACUAUUCGAAAUACCAGGAAUUUCCUUUGCUAGAGGAGGCUUUUUUUUACGGAGAAUUUCACACGCCCCCAAACUUCCUUUCAGAUACUCUGGCAAUAUUCUUUUCACUUCGCGAUAUGCAAAUUAUGCAAGAUUCUGAGUUUCGAAAAACUGUAUUAGAUUCAGAAUACACGGGGAAGGAGAAACCAAAUCUUGCAUGGCUGUGGUCUGUCCAACAAUGGAAUCCUGCAUUUGAUGGAGGCAAUUAUGUUUCCUAUUGUGAAAGAAGAGAUUGUUCAAGAUCAUGGGGCUAUGCAAUGUGGGACAGCUCAAGGCUAGAGUCACUAGGGAUCAUGAACUGCAAGAUUCAGGAUAUGCAGCCACACGGGCCAAAAGCAAUGCAAGGACCAUUGUUGACGGAUGACCCCCAGGAAAACGAAAGCUGAUAUCUGAGCUAGAUAUGAAUAUGUAGAGGUGAAAACUUCCUUAGACAAAGCCUCAUAAUUUGUUUGUUACGUGGAUGUUCAUUUACUCCAGUUUUAGAGAAUGAAAAAAGAUCUAUAGAAUU